GGCCGAGCGAGAGGCGGAGCGGACGGCGCGGCCGCGAUGAGGCGCCGGUUCUGAACCAUUACGCUCUCCUUUGAAGCCAUGGAAAAAGGAAAACCGUUUAAACUCUUCGUGCCGCCGCGUUUGAGCGGCGGUCAGGUGUCUGCAGUCAAACCCCAGACCAGCGCUCGGGCCGCAGAGCCGUGCCAGGGUUUUAACAAAUGUCCAGGUGAUGAUUUUAAUUUACCUUUUGUAAUGACAACUGCAGCAAGCCAUGGUGAAAUCACUGAUGCAGAUUCAAUUUCACAGCAAACAAAACUUUGCCCUGAGGUGGAUGAAGAGAAUCUGGAAACAAUGAAUGAAUUGUAUUCAAAACUCUACAAAGAGGCUGAGAAGAUCAAGCGAUGGAAACUGGCUGUAGAAUCAGAACUAAAGCAGAAGGAAAGAAAAUUUCAAGAAAAUAGAAAGAUUAUUGAAGCACAGCGUAAAGCCAUUCAAGAAUUGCAGUUUGAAAAUGAAAAGCUAAGUUUGAAGCUGGAAGAUGAGAUAUGUGAAAAUAAAGAUCUUUUAAAAGAAAACAGUGCCUCAAGACACCUGUGUAACCUGCUCAAAGAAACCUGUAGUCACUUCACAGAGAAGUCCACCAAAUAUGAACAUGAAAGAGAAGAAACAAGACAACUAUAUGAGGAACUUAAUAACAACAUUGAAAGAAUGAUAGUGGCAUUUGAAGAGCUUCGUGUGCAAGCAGAGAACACCAGACUGGAAAUGUGUUUCAAAUUAAAAGAAGCAGAAGAAAAAAUGGACAACGUUGAAAGAGAAUGCAAGCUAGAAGUCGGUAUGAAGGAAAAGCAGAUUUCAGUUCUUACUGCAAGGUGUAAUGAAAAAGAUGAUGUAAUAAGAGACAUCAAGACUCACCUGCAGGAAUCAAAAAAUAAGAUUGCGGACUUAGAAGAAGCAAAAAGGCAUGAAGGGGAAAUGUUAAAGGAAUCUCAGCUCAAUCAAGAAUAUUUAAAGGCAGAACUGGAAGAAGCUAAAAAUUCAUUGCGAAAAACAGAGGCUACUCAAGAGAGCUUAGAAACUGAACUGCAAAGUACAGUGAAAGCAUUAAUUCAGGUCACUCAGGAGAAAGAAACACAGAUGGAAGAAUGUAAAGAAGCAAAGGCUCUGCAUGCAUCCAUGUUAGAGGAGUUUGAGGCUUCUACUUACAAUUUGAAAAGUUUGCUGCAAGAAGAGCAGAAUAGAUUGAAGAAAUACGAAGAUGAGUCAAAACUCCUUACGUUGGAGCUCACAAAUAAGUCUGCUGAGCUUGAAGAGAUGACUAAACUAAAACGCGAGAAAGAAAUGCAACUUGAAGAGCUGUCUGAAACACUGGGAAAAGCUGAAGAAGUUCUAGCAAAGAAGAAAGAUCUUGAGGCUACUGUUGAAAAUUUGCAAGAGACAGGAAAAGAGAUGAAAAAUAUUCUUCAAGUCAGAGAGAAAGAAUUGCAUGAUCUGACAGUACAGCUGACUUGUUCAGUUGAAAAGGAACAAAAAUAUUUGAAACAACUCACAUCACUGAAUGCAGAUCUCGAACGAGAGGCACUAAAGAAUGAGCAACUAACAGUGAAUAUCAAUACGCUGUUAUUAGAGAAAGAACAGAUGGCACAAGAGAAAAGUAAUAUGGCUACAGAACUCAAGAAACUGCAGGAAAGUCAUGAGGAUCAAAGGGAAAAAGAAGAAAACAUAAAGCAGUUAGUAGAACACCUGGAAGAAGCAAAUGGUCAGCUGAGAAAUGAACUGGAGUCUUUGAGAGAGAAGAUGGCAAAGAAAGGUGAAGAAGUUAAAAGCAAACUGGAUGAAAGUGAAGAAAAUACUAAGAGUAUUGAAAAUGAAAUUCUGAAAAAGGAAAGACAGUUGAAGAUGCUAGAAAAUAAGUUGAACACCAUGAAGAAACAGGUGGAAAACAAAACAAAGUGCAUUGAAGAGUUACAGCAGGAGAAUAAGGUACUGAAAAAGAAAAUGACUGCAGAAAGCAAGAAAACAAGUAGUUAUGAAGGGAAGGUGAACAAGCUACAGUUAGAGAUGGAAAAUAUGAACAAGCAACAUAAAGCAAGAGUUGACAUUUAUGAAAAGGAAAUUGAAGCAAAAGGAGUAACUGAAAAUAACUUACUUGAAGAGGUAGAAAAAAUGAGGUUACUUGCUGAUGAAGCAACAAUAGCACAGAGAGAAGCUGAUCUCCGAUGUCAACACAAGAUAACUGAAAUGAUGGCACUUAUGGAAAAGCACAAGCGUGAAUAUGAUAAAAUGGUUGAAGAAAAAGAUACAGAGUUAAAACUAUAUAAGAUAAAAGAGCAAGAGCAGGCAUCAUUGAAAAGAGCUUUGGAAACUGAACUAUCAUGUUUGAAAAGUGAGCUGUCAUCCCUUAAGGAACAGCUUAAGGCAGAAAUUGAAAACAAGAAAAUACAAACUCAUUUUUCUGAGACUCCUAAACCUCAUUCAGAUCCGGACUCUGCAUCUAUUAAUGUAAAAAAACUAUUCUCUCAGAGUGAUAUUCCCAUAAAAACCAGCGUGAUGGAAAGUACAAAAACAUCUCCUCGAGCAUUUCUACAGAGUCCUUUGGUCAGACGAUCCUUGAAGACAUAUACUGUAAAGACUCCCCCAGUACAUAAAAUGCAAAGUGAAAGCUCAGGUCUGAUUUCAGAACAGAGGAAAAAGCAAAAAGUGCUUCUACAGCUGGAUGCUCAGUCAGAUAGCUCUGAACACAGCGACCUUCUGAGCCUUGUUUCAGAUGAAGAAGUAUUUAAAAAAUUAUACAAAGAUUAUCCACAAGCUUCACAAUUAUAUGCAAUGACACCAAAACAGAAACCAACUGCAUCAAACCUGAAAGCUCCGAGCUCUGCACUGAAGCUUGCAACUAUGAGAAAAGUGAGAGAGACUGGAUGGACUGCAGUUUCCAAAAUGGACAGGAAGAGAAAAAUUAAAGAUUCUGAAAAACUCUUCUCUUAAAAAAAAAAAAAAAAAAAAAAAGAGCAGUGCCCUAACAUUAUUUGAUUAGGACAACUCAGUAUUCUCUGAGCAUUAGUGCUUUGUUGCAUUUUUCUGCUAUAUUCAAUAUGUUUAAUACAUGAAUUUCCUUGAUUCAGACAGUCCUUAUAUAACUACAGUCUGCAGAGCAUUUUCAGUGUUUUAUUCAUGUUAUAGAAAGUCUGGAGACAUUUUAAUAUUGAAAUGAGAAUAGUUCAAAGAAAACUGUUGCAAAAUUACUAGAAAUGCUGGCUUUAAAGAAAUUCAGUCUUGUUCUUCUAAAUUUACUCUCUUUCUUAAUACACAAUUCACAAAGCUAUAUUAUUUAGUAAAUGAAACGCUGAAGCUGCUAAUGUGCAGCAUUUUUACCCAAAGUUGUCUUACAUUUUCUUCUUGUUGAGUGUUUUGUUGCCAGUAGCUACUUCCUCCUAUGUUAGAAUAGUUUUGAAAUUUCCAUAAUUCUGUUUUCAAUAGAAUUAUGAAGGUUUAAGAUCUCUGUGUCAUUAGGAACAAAAUACAUACACACAGUUUAAGACUGUAACCGGUGUUAAGAUGUCAUUAAAUUGUUGACCUUGAAAUGUG